UCUUUUAAUUCAAUAUUUAAUUAUGCACCAUGUGUGAAAAGGAUAUUGGAGAGAAAGAGGGAACCAUUGACCAUGUGUCAAAUCAAAAGGAGAAGGGAAGAGAGGCAGAAGAGGUUACUCCAAUAUCAGAGUAUGUACUUCAUAUUCAAGGAUGGAGGGGUACGAGUAUAUCUCCCGCUAUGGGAAGAUCCUCUAAAAUUGAAAAAGAAAAUGAGAAGACUGUCCUAUAUUGUUGGUGCUCUUACGAGUUGUGGGGGGUAUAAAUUAGACUAUACUCUGUCGGUAUUUCUAAAUGCAUCACUUAAAUGUGCAUAUAAUUUUAAGUGAUCCAUGCAAAAGUAUUAUUAUAUGUUUCAAGUGGUCGAGUAGAUAGUUUGUUUAUUAAAGAAAAACAAUAAUAGAGAUAAUGAUAGUGAUAACAUGUGAGAGAUGAUGAUGUUAAGAUAUGUUAAGAUAUUAGAUACGAAGUAUUAUUCUGUGAAUAUUCUGUAGAGUCCUAACUAUGGUAUGUUACCUAAUGCAUGUGUACCUAGGGUUUAGGUAACUGAGUUGUACUAUAUAUAUACGUGUGUGAUUAAUGAGAAUGAUACGAGAUUACACAAUAUUUGACAUGGUAUCAUGAGCCUAGGUUAAAAAUCCUAGAUUUUUUUUCCGCAAGAAUUUGAGAGAGUGUAGCCGAGUAUUGAGAACAGCGAAUUUCUUCGCUUGUUGAGUAUUGAGAUUAGGAGUUAACAAUUCCUUAAGUAUCACCAUGAGUUCCGAUGAGGAGGCACCACCAAAGGUCAUCGCCGCCGCCGUCGACCUAGACUACUAUCUCGGGUCAGGCGACGGCCCCGGUAUUGUUAUCACCCCUGUGAAACUGAGAGGAGCAUCGAACUACGAUGAAUGGGCCAAAGCCGUUCGUCGCUCGAUAAUUUCAAAAUUCAAAUUUGGAUUUCUUGAUGGUUCUGUGAAGGAACCCGUUACGGACGCGACGAAGAUGAAACAUUGGAUUGCGGUCAAUUCGAUGGUGGUGUCUUGGAUCACAAACACCAUAGACGAGAGUUUGAGUUCGAAUCUGGAAGACUUUGAUAUUGCUCACGAGUUGCGGAGUCAUUUGAGGACGCGGUACUGCGUCGUGACAGGCACUAGGGUCUGCCAUAUUAAGAUGGCUCUGAGUGGCUGCAAGCAGGGCACGUCUGAGGGCGUCAUGGAGUACUAUGGCCGCUUGUCGAAGGUAUGGAAGGAGUACGUACAGUAUGCACGAGUUCCAAGGUGUAUAUAUGCGGGUUGCACGUGCAACAUAGCGAAGCAGGUGGGGGACAUUCAUGAUGAAGAUCGUCUGCACUAUUUCUUAAUUGGCCUAGACGAUCACUAUGAAGCCAUUCGUGCACAACUGUUAGCAAGAUCGCCGUUGCUAGGCCUCGACGAGGCAUACCAGACGGUUAUGAAUACCGAGACCAUGCGCGCCAAGGCAACGAGAGGUACGGAGAGUGUCAUGGCGUUCAAGGUCGAGACUAAGGGUCGGUCGAGGUCGGGAGAUGCGAGUGACAGAUUUUGUGGUCAUUGCAAUCGUGAGGGUCAUGAGGAAGAAACUUGUUAUCAGCUGAUUGGUUUUCCCGAAUGGUGGGAUGAGAAGAAACGAGGUGGAAGAGGGCCUGGUCGAGGAGGCAGGACGUCGAUUAGAGGAGGCAGAGGAGCUCGUAGGGCUGCGUCGUCGACCAGUGGUGUCGCUCGUGCCAAUGCCGUGAGUAAUACCACAGGAGGGGCGACAGCCACUGUGACGAGUGGAGGCGGAUCGCAGGGAGUAGUGACGACAACCAAUCAUGAGCUUGUUGGUGUGACGAAGGAGCAAGUCCAGCAAAUUGUUGACAUCUUAUCACGACCACCAAACAAGUUGCAAGGACCGCUCGACGAGGAUGGUGAUUGGCGUGGGUGAUCGACAGGAAGGACUAUAUUUUUUCCGUGGGGCUCCAAGGGUUCGUGUGCUAGCAGUGGAGUGUGUGGUCGACUUGUGGCAUCAACGUAUGGGGCAUCCGUCGGAAAAAGUGUUGCAGUUACUUCCUCCUGUGAGUCAUAAGAUUAGGAAGAAUAAAAACAUUUGUGAUGUAUGCCCACGAGCGAAACAAUGUAGGGAGAGUUUUCCAAAUAGUGAUAGUCGUGCAAGUCGCCCAUUCGACCUUGUUCAUCUUGACUUAUGGGGGCCUUACAAAACACCCUCGUCGAGUGGGGCGAAGUAUUUUCUUACCAUUGUGGAUGAUUAUUCUAGGGGUGGGUGGAUUUAUUUAUUGUGCAAUAAAAUGGAAGUUGAAUCGUCGUUUCUUAAUUUUGUUGCCAUGAUUCAAUGUCAGUUUAAUCGAUCCCUGAGAGUUGUUCGCAGUGACGAUGGUACUGAGUUUAAUUGUUUGCAAGGUUAUUUCUUUAAAAAUGGGAUUCUGUUUGAGUCGUCAUGUGUUGGGACACCUCAACAGAAUGGGAGAGUCGAGAGGAAGCACCAACAUAUUUUAAAUGUUGGGAGAG